GAGACCAGAGGUUUGGAAAGAGCUCAUAAGUCAAUUUAAAUAAUUUCAUUAUAUCAGAGAGAAAAAAACAACAACCUGCAGGCGAGUACAACAAAAGCAAGCCACAGACACCUUAGGUGUAGAAAACAAAAGAAAAGUCAUGGGAAACAGGAGUGUUAAAAAAUGCUGUGCUGCAUAUCCCUGUCUUUUCUUUGGACUGCUAUAUUUGUUUUGGUCUGAAGGAGUUGUGGGACAGAGCUUGCAUGAGCAGGAUGGUGUGUGCGAAGCAGAGGGAUGCUAUUCGAUUCACCUCCAGCGCAAGACCUUCCGUGAAUCCUGGAAGAGCUGCAAGGAUAAAGGGGGGAACCUGGCUACAGUUAAACGACCAGAAGAGGCAUCCUUGAUCCAUGAGCUCCUAACGUCAGGGGUGAGACGUGGCUCACGGCCCAAAAUCAGGCUGUGGAUUGGCCUCCAGCGUCAGCCUCGGCAGUGCUCAGCCACACGUCCUCUGAGGGGCUUCAACUGGAUCACUGGAGACCAGGAGACGCAGUAUACAAACUGGCAACGCAAUGACAUAUCCAGUGCUUGUGCUGCUCAUCGCUGUGUGGUCAUUACUUAUAACACUGCAGACAAAAGUGGCAGUGACCAGAAUAACUUCAAAUGGCUGGAUGGCUCAUGUGCGGUGGCUGUGGAAGGUUUCCUCUGCCGCUACACCUAUCAAGGGAUGUGCCCAGCUCUUCAAAAUGAAGGUGGGGGGCCUGCAACGUAUACAACCCCAUUUGACCUUGUCAGCACUGCACUAACUCACAUCCCCUUCGGCUCUGUUGCAACCGUGCCCUGUCCAGAUGGCGACAAGAAAGACCAGUCGGUACUGUGCAUGCUGAGAGAAGAUGGGAGUAUUGGCUGGUCCAAGGAUGCACCACUCUGCACAGACAUUCUAAGAGACUGGUGCGUACAGGAUAAUGGAGGCUGUGAGCACUUCUGUGUGAGCAUGAAUAACCAUUACUAUUGUGAAUGCUCUGAGAAUUAUGAGCUGGAAAAGGAUGGAAAGACCUGCCAGCUCUCAGACCCCUGCCACAGUGCCAACUGUGAGUUUGAGUGCGAGCCCACUCCUAAGGGGCACCGCUGUAAGUGCUCAGAGGGGUACCUCCUAUCUGGUGAUGGCCAUAGCUGUCUUGAUAUAGAUGAAUGCUUACAGAAACCAUGCCCACAGGUAUGUGUCAAUGCACCUGGUACAUUUGAGUGUAGAUGCCUUGAGGGAUAUCAGCCAUCUGAGUUUGGAAAAUGCGUGGACGUGGAUGAAUGCAUGGAUGGAAAAUGUGAAAAUCUGUGUGAGAACUUGCCUGGUUCCUACAUGUGCCGCUGCCAUGAGGGAUUCUCUCCACUGCCUGAAGAUCCAGAUCGUUGCAGAGACAUUGAUGAGUGUAAAAUUCCAAACAUUUGUGAUCAGGUGUGCAGAAAUUACGAAGGUGGAUUUGAGUGUUUUUGUGAGGAGGGCUAUUUGUUGCAAGAGGACCUCUACUACUGUCGGCCAAUUGAAGAUGUUGAAUACUUGACAGCUGAACCAGCAGAUACAACACUACAUGAUCCCGGCUUACUUCAUGAUCUGGUGACUGAUGCCAGUCCUAUGGAGUGGCUAACAGAUUCCCCAAAUAUAGAGUGGCUUCCGACUUACCUGAGUUGGUUUACAGAAAUGACUCAGGAAGGAAGGUUAACCACUCAGGAAACUGAUUUAAAUGAGAAUGCAUCUUCCAAUUUACCUUCAUUUAACGUUUUGAUAGAUACAACACCUUCCAAUGAAGAGGAUGCAAAACUGUGGUUGAAUGAAGGGGAAAUGUCACUAGCCACUGGAGACAACAGACCAUCAAUGUUUUCAACACCGAUGACAAAGAGAAAAGGUGAUUCUAUCAUGCUUACUCCUGCAGCAUCACAAAUACCAGAAGGUACAUUGGCAUCACCAUCAGGGACAAAACAGCGUCCGGGUGACAAGAAGAAGGAUGACAAAAGCUGGCUGCUUGUGGCACUGCUAGUACCGCUCUGUGUCUUUAUUGUGAUCAUGCUAGCACUAGGCAUUGUUUAUUGCACUAGUUGUGCUGUAGAGCCACGAAACAAAAGUGUGACAGACUGUUACCGUUGGACCACCACCUCCAAGCCUGAAAAAACAAACACUACAAAAUCUCGAGCUUGAGUAAUAAACAGGUAACAUGACUUUUUUUAAAAACAGCAAUGAACAAAGGACUUUGUCGAGCUGUUUUAGUGUGAUCACACUGAUGUCCCUUUGGUAUUCUGUAGAUCCUGUGGGACAUAAAGGGCUAAAUAGUCUCUAAACAGAGGAACAAUUUAAUAUUCUGAUAAUGUUUUCAGAAAAUGUUUUAAAAAGGGUUUUAAAAAGCAUCUACAAUUCCUUUCUAAUGCAAGUGAAGCAGCAACCCCUAAUGCAAAAAUAUUUGUGUUGUGUUGCAUAGAAAUGUGCAACUGAAAUAUUGUGGAAAAUGGGACAUAGCAGCUUGUGUCUGUGUCAAUAGAAUUUAGCAUGCAACCAUAUUCAUAUAAGAAAAAUAAAUAAGAAGUUUAAGCAAGCCUACAAUUGGAAUCCAAAUGGAUAGCAACAGACCUGCUUAAAUAUAUUCAUUAAAGUCACACAGGUUAUGCGUCAGCACCCCCAACAGUGAGGUAUGUAACUACAACCAUUUGUAUAGAUUCUAUGCUUGUCAUCAAAAUGUCUAUGCAUUAGAGAUUAAAUAGAGGAUGAUUUAGUAGAGAUGCAUCUGCUUAAGUGGCAAUACAGGUUGUUCAUUUAUUGAGGACUACAACCUCUGGAUCAAGCAUACAGGUAUAUUGUUAGCGAUUCCUGUAUUACUUGAAAUCACUUUCAUUUUGGUAUUUUGACCAUUAAGGCAGAUCCCUGUACUCUAGCCCAAUAUUCUCAAGUUUAAAGUGUUUUCAAAAUAAAAGUUUUUGUCUAAAUGUUUUUUGUUGUCCGUAAAACACCUUCAGCAUCCCAUUUCAUGCUCACUGUUCUGACAGAUAACAACGGUGAAGAGAAUGACAACUGGCUUGACCUUUUUGUGUGUACAGACACAGUCGCACCUGUAGUCGUCACUGUUUGACAUUUGAGCCAUUGUACAGUAUACAUAUAUUUUUUAAACUAAGUGAAUUUAAUAAAAUCUAAAC